AUGAAGAACAAUGCUGCAUGCUGUUCAACUCCAUCUAUUGUCACAGUAGACGAUUCUAGUACUGUAUGUUCCAACUGCGGUGUGGUUGCUGGCGAAUGUUCUCUUCUUAGUGGAGCGGAUGCAGAGUACAUUGAAAACGGAUCAUUGCAUAAUGUCAUGAUGAAUAAUAGAAAUGCCAAUACGAAUGACCAUACAAAUAUGGCUUACAAGUCUACGUUGACUUAUGGUUUCAAGGUUGGCAAGUGGUCCAAUGGAGAUGAGCAAUUAUCACACCUUUUUGGAGUUCUCAAAGGUGUUUUACAAGGACUUCAACUGCCCAUGAGUCUUAAAGAUCAAACUAUGGCUUACUUCUCACUGGUUGCUGAAAGGCUUGAACUUACUUUGGGACCAAAAGCCAAAACUUGUUUAUCAGUAUGUCUUUAUAUUGUUCUUCAGCAAUGCCGGAUUGUUCGAACUCUAUCCGAAGUAUUGUUUCAAUUCAACAUUUGCAUUGAUCGAUUCUCGGCAAUCUAUUUUAAAAUCACUGGAAUUCUUGCUGUUCAAUUGCCUGAAGCUGAUAUCAGAAUCUUUCUUCCGCGGCUCUGUCUUGCUGUUUAUCCUUUAGAUUUGGCCAAUCGGACUCGUCUUGAAUCACUUGCGUCAACCGUUUUGAAUAUAGCCAAACACGCAUGGCUUGAUGUGGGACGUAAAGAGUCGUCUAUUCAAGCAUCUACAAUUCUCGCAGCCUAUGAAGCUAUGAAAUCAAACUCAUGUUCAUUGAGAAUCGUCAAUCUGGUGUCAAGUGCAGCGGGAUGCAACCCUAAUUUAGCCAAACUUCGACUCCGAGAGUUUAAACAGCAUAUACUAAAGUAUGCACACCACAUGCCAUAUUUUUCUCAUGUUACAAAGUUUAAUUUGCACAAGUAUUUAAUAGAUAUACUUGACAAGGCAAGCGAUAUCAUUCAGGUAAUAGAUCAUCCGAUUUCUGAAGAUGGUACGCAGAGGAUUCAAGAGUGUACCAACACACAUACAGCCAUUUCAUCCAUUCACACCUCCACAGUUCAAGACGUGUCUGUAAUGGAUUCAACAUUACAUGUGUCAAACCCACAGACAUUGGAAUGUUUGGAUGCAUUAUCGAAUGAAACCUCGACUACACAAGCAGAUCUGACAUGUGCGAAUGCCUCGUGUUCUAGCCCUUCUACACGGUUUAAACUUGAUCCACAGUGCGAUACAGAACAAACUGCCAUAGUAUCACGAGGAUCUCGUAAACGCACUGCUGAAGAUCUCGGUCCACCUUCAUAUAUAAAAGCUGUCCAUCAGCGUGCGAAUAUGACAGAUCGAAUUGAGCGGGCCAAAAGACGGAUGCUCAUGCAACCCGAUAGAGAUAGUGAACAGAUGGAUUCUUGUGUGGAUCAAGUAGAUCAACUUAUUGAAGUACUUUUAAAAGAAGGAGUGCUUGAAGCAGAUAUUUUGAAUUAUCCAGUGAAACGAAAUUCAAUAGGAAUGAUGACUAUGGGAGGAAGAGAGCUUGGUUCAUUCAAAGAGUAA